AUGGCGCCUCCGGCUUCAGCGCCGUCCACCUCUUCUCCCGCCUCUUCUCCCGCCUCCUCGCCCUCGCUCCAAGACGUGUACGCCUUGUUGCGCUCUGUGGUAAAGCCCGAAUGGCGCGACAUCCCCGACACGGCCAGCGAGGAGUGGAAGAAGAGAUUCCGGGAACUGGUUGACGCAGAGAAACCUGUCUCCUCUGCCCCGCCCGGUCCUGCGGACCGCCCCGCUGCGCCUUCUGCGCCUUCUGUGUCGUCCAGUCUCGCAGACGGGAGUUUCCUUCGCGCGCUUCCUCGCGAGUUCCAGUUGCAUCUCCUUGUGAAAAUCUCCAGCGUUCUGGAGACGCCCUGGCUGGUCGCGCAGAAGCGCCUUGAGGGCAUCAAAGAGGCGGAGAAGGCGCGACCGCUCACGCUCGAUGAAGUAGUCACUUACGCCAGGAGACUCGGCGGGAGCACAGCCGCGCCGCCGGAGACCUCGAAUAUCUCAGACGUCGUUGCCCACCAGUCGGUCUACCCCGCCUUCCACUUUCUUCCGUACCCCUCGAUGGAGGAGCUGCAGGAGUCGCGUCUCGGCUUCCUGGCCUCGAAACCUUUCGACCGGGUUUGCUUUCCGCCGGAGAUGCGCUCCAAGUGGACGGUGCGCGCCCCACGGCGCUGUCGGGACGAGACGGUGGACACCCUCGCACAGACGGGGGACGAAACAAGACCCGAAAGACUCAGCACUGAGCGCAAGGUCGCCGGAUACGAAGUCCGACUCGUCUGUCAAACUCCUGGAGCACAGAUCGUGUACUGCGUCUUUGACGGCUGGAUGGCCCCGAACGCUCUGCCGCCGCAAACGCUGUGGAGGGAGACCGCGUACAGCCCGCAAGAGCCUCUCUUCCUUUCCGCGCCGUUCCCCAAGACGCUUCUAGCUAGGGCCAUGAAACCGCCCCUGCAGCCGUCUCGCCCUGCGCUGCUUCGUCUGAACCCGCGAGGAGUCGGGUCGGGGGGGACGCGGUCAGCGGAACAGCCUCCCCGCCGCCCAGACGCUGCGCCCUCCAGCGCGGCCGCAGGUCCGAGCUCUCAGGCGCCAGGUCGCACGAGCGAACAAGGCCGAGGCGCGCGUGCGGAGUGGGAAAGCCGCGGGAGAGACGCGCAGGCAAAGAGAGACCGGGACGGGAGUGCACGUGCGGGCGGCGACGCGUGCGAAAAACCCCACGGAAGGAGCGAGAGCGAACUGGGGCGAGAAGGCGGAGGAAGCGCCGUGCCACGCGCAGGAUCGGGAAGAGAGACGCCGCAGGCCGCAGGCAAGGAUCGCAGCGCGACAGCCAGCGGGGAAGCGCUCGCCGAUGCCGCAGGUCCCGACCGAACGCAGCCGCCUACGCCUGCAGCCCCGCAGGCCUCGCACCCCACAAAGCCUCCGAGCCCCGAGGGUCCAUCUCAGGGCGGCGCCGCCUCGGACCGCGCGGGUGGGCCAGAUUUGUCGACUGGCGGCGGCGCGUCUGGGCGCGCCCCGCAGGGAUCGCGAGACGCCUCGAUGGGAGGCUCGGCGACUUUCCAGGGCCUGAUGCUGGGAAGCACGAGAAGGAAGCGCCGGGAGGAGACGUUGCAGAGGCGCGAAGUGCAGGAGUCGAGCGGAAGCGCGGACAGCAGCAGCAGUGGAGAGGACUCGAGCGACGAGGAGGACGAGAGGAAAGGCGAAUGA